AUGAACUGCCGAGUAAAAGUUUUAUUAUCCUCGAGGUGUUUGAAAUCCUCCAAUAGCAAGUGUCGAAGCUUCGGCUGCACAUCACAGCCUCCAGCCACUGACGUCGAGGUCACUGUCGCCUCCGAUGACACUGUCGAGACAUCCUGCAGUCUCCGGCCAGCUGCAAAAAUGAUAUUACAACUGCCUGGCUUUUAUGGUCCAGAGCAUUUGCGGUUUUUUAAGAGAACUCUUAGUAGUAAAAGUGCAAUCCAAUUGCUCGAUGAAAUGCUAGAACCAGAUUCUCUCUCUCCAAGGACCGGACUCACUGAGGACAACUUCGAGAAAGAGGUGGGUCAAGAUCGAGGCGCUUUGGUCGAGUUUUACGCACCCUGGUUAUCAACUAAGAAGAAAAUCAAAGAAGCUCUAAAGGACAAAGAUAUCGGCAUAAUUGGGAUCUAUGGCAUGCCUGGAGUUGGUAAGACAACAAUGGUAAAGGAAAUAGCCAAAGAAGCCAAAGAUGAGAAAUUCUUUGAGGAGGUUGCAUUUGCAGUUGUAUCUAACGAUCCAGACAUAAACAAAAUUCAAGAUCAACUCGCUGAUGUGCUUGGUCUAGAAAUUAAUGUAAACACAACUAGCGUGAGAGCUGGACUACUUCGUCGAAGGCUUGAAGGUAAUGAUGGCAAGAGCAUUCUUGUAAUAUUAGACGAUGUGUGGACAGAAAUUGAUUUGGGAACUAUAGGAAUUCCAUCUCCACGUGAUCGCAAAGGGUUGAAAAUUAUGUUUACAACACGAAUUGAAGAAACGUGUAGUAAAAUGGAAGCCAAAGCAUUCAAAAUCGAAGUUUUGAGUGAAGUAGAAGGAUGGCAACUUUUCACGGAUAAGGCAGGGAUUUCUGAUGAUGAAACUGAUGUCGAACUCGUAAGCUUAGCCAAAGAAGUUGCAAAGGAAUGUGGACGUCUACCUCUUGCAUUAGAGGUUGUUGGCAGUACACUAAAAGGCAAAAAGACCGUAUAUGAAUGGAAAGAUGCACUUCGACGGCUAAAGAAGUCUAGUGCUACCAAUAUUGUGGACAAAAGUAUAAGAUUGAGCUAUGACUAUUUGGCAAAUAAUGAAGAGCAGAACUUGCUUUUGCUCUGUUCUCUAUUCGCUGAAGAUGAAAGUAUUCCAAUUGAAAAUUUGGUUAGAUAUGCAAGGGGGUUAGAGUUGUUUGAAGAAACCGAGACACUCUGCGAAACUCGAGACCGAGCAAAGACAAUUGCGGAUAAACUAAAAGGUUGGAAUUUAUUGCAACCCGGUACGAGGAAAGACGAAGUGAAAUUGCAUGAUGUUAUCAGAAGUUUUUGCUUAAAGAUGGCAAAGAAAGAAAAAGGUGGAUAUCUGGUGAAUCAUGCUGGUUUGAAAGAGUGGCCAGAACACGAUGCUGAUGAAUCGUGGAGUGCCAUCUCAAUUACAUUUGAUAAGCUAGAUCAGCUUCCAAGCGGGUUGAAAUAUCGGAACAUUAAGUUGUUACGGGUGAUAUGUCGCAAGUUGGGAGAAUGUAAAAUUUCCGAAGAAUUUUUCAAAGAUAUGAAAGAUCUCAGAGUUCUUGAAUUGAAAGGGAUGUACAUUCAAAUUCCAUCAUCAAUCCAAUUAUUGACGGGUCUUCGAACUCUGAGGUUGAUUCGCUGUGAAAUACAUUCCCAAUUGUCAAUGAUUGGGAGUCUAAAGAAGUUGGAAAUUCUCUCUUUCCGUGGUUCUUCUUCCAAUGAUUAUUUAUCCAUUGAGUUAGCGAAUCUUUGCAACCUAAGGUCACUUGAUUUGAGGUUUCAUAGGUCAUCCUGUCCACUUCGACCUGGUGUUUUGUCGGGUAUGAAGAAACUGGAAGAGCUGUACUUGGGAGGUAGCAUUCCAAUAGAAGGUGAAGACACCACGAUAUUGAGUGAUUUAGAUGAAAAUGGUUUCAUUAACUUGAAGACACUGUUUCUAGCAAGUGAGGAUUUCGAGUAUCUUAUUGAUGCCACCAACUCUAUUCCAAAUGGCACCUUCGGUAAAUUGGAGUCUCCCGAAUUGGAUAAUUUACCCAAUAACAUUCAGAAUUUGCGGAUUAAAGUUCAAGAGCUUGAAAAUAAGAGAAAUGACGUGAAACUACAGGUUGAUGCUGCCGAAAGAAAGGCUGAAAUCAUCAGGAAAGAAGUUUCGGCAUGGUUGGACAAUGUCGAUAAAUUUUUGAGGGAGGCUGAAAGUUCUGAAAUGCGGAGGGAGGUUGAAAGUUCUGAAAUGAGGUCUGAAAUGCGGUGUCUAUUCAAUAGAUGUCCAAAUUUGAAGUCUCGUUACGUUCAAAGCAGGAGAGCCACGAAGAAUACUAUUGAGGCUGAUAAGCUCAAACUUGAAGGUACAUUUGAGAGGGUGAGUGAUCCUCGAUCGCCGGUGCAACUGUUGAACCUAACUUCCCAUAAGGGUUUCGAAACAAGGUUAUCAACUAAGAAGAAAAUCAAGGAAGCUCUAAAGGACAAAGAUAUCGGCAUAAUUGAGAUCUGUGGCAUGCCUGGAGUUGGUAAGACAACAAUGGCAAAGGAAAUAGUCAAUGAAGUCAAAGAUGAGAAAUUAUUUGAGGAGGUUGCAUUUGCAGUUGUAUCUAACGAUCCAGACAUAAACAAAAUUCAGGACCAACUUGCGGAAAUGCUUGGUCUAAGAAUUGAAGAAAAGACAAAUGAAGUGAGAGUCAGACGACUUCAUCAAAGACUUGAAGGCAAAGAUGGUAAGAGCAUUCUUGUAGUAUUAGACGAUGUGUGGAAAGAAAUUGAUUGGGGAACUAUAGGAAUUCCAUCUCCACAUGAUCGCAAAGGGUUGAAAAUUAUGUUUACAACGCGAAUUGAAGAAACGUGUAGUAAAAUGGAAGCCCAAAGGAAAUUCGAAAUCAAAGUUUUGGAUGAAAAAGAAGGAUGGCAACUUUUCAAGGAUAAGGCAGGGAUUUCUGAUGAUGAAACUGAUGUCGAACUCGUAAGCUUAGCCAAAGAAGUUGAAAAUGAAUGUGGACGUCUACCUCUUGCAUUAGAGGUUGUUGGCAGUGCACUAAAAGGCAAAAAGGCCGUAUAUGAAUGGAAAGAUGCACUUCGACAGCUAAAGAGGUCUAUUGCUACCAAUCUUGAAGGAAUGGACGAUAUCGUGUACAAAAUUAUAAGAUUGAGCUACGACUAUUUGAUAAGUAAUGAAGAGCGGGACUUGCUUUUACUCUGUUCUCUAUUCGCUGAAGAUGAAAGUAUUCCAAUUGAAAAUUUGGUCAGAUAUGCAAGGGGGCUAGAGUUGUUUAAAGAAACCGAGACACUAUGCGAAACUCGAGACCGAGCAAAGACAAUUGCAGAUAAUCUGAAAAGUUGUAAUUUAUUGCAACGAGGUAUGGAGGAAGACGAGGUGAAAUUGCAUGAUGUUAUCAGAGAUUUUUGCUUACAUAUGGCAAUUAAAGAAAAAUGUGGAUAUCUGGUGAAACAUGCUGGUUUGAAAGAGUGGCCAGAACAUGAUGCUCAUGAAUCGUGCAUUGCCAUCUCAAUUACAUUUGAUAAGCUGGAUCAGCUUCCAAGCGGGUUGAAAUAUCGGAACGUUAAGUUGUUACGGGUGAUAUGUCGCGAGUUGGGAGAAUGUAACAUUUCCGAAGAAUUUUUCAAAGAUAUGAAAGAACUCAGAGUUCUUGAAUUGAAAGGGAUGUACAUUCAAAUUCCAUCAUCAAUCGAAUUGUUGACGGGUCUUCGAACUCUGUGCGUGAUUGACUGUAAAAUACAUUCUCAAUUAUCAAUGAUUUGGAGUCUAAAGAAGUUGGAAAUUCUCUCUUUCUAUGAUUCUUCUUCCGAUGAUUAUUUUUCCAUUGAGUUAGCGAAUCUUAGCAACAUAAGGUCACUUGAUUUGAGGUUUGAGGAGUCGUCCUGUCCACUUCGACCUGGUGUUUUGUCGGAUAUGAAGAAACUGGAAGAGAUGUACUUGGGAGGUAGCAUUCCAAUAGAAGGUGAAGACACCAAGAUAUUGAGUGAGUUAGAUGAAAAUGGUUUCAUUAACUUGAAGACCCUGAUUCUAUCAAGUGGUGAUUUCAAGUAUCUUAUUGAUACCACCGACUCUAUUCAAAAUGGCACCUUCGGUAAAUUGGAGUCUCUCGAUUUGGAAGAAUUACCCAAGUUAACAGAGAUAUGCAAUGGAAAUCUUCCAAGGGGUGUCAUCAAACCUCAAUUGUUCUGUAACCUUGUGAGCAUUGAGAUGUUUGAUUGUGAUGCAAUUAGAAGCUUGUUUUCAGAGUCAGUUGCAAACAACUUGGUAAAUCUCCAAAAACUAGAAAUAUAUUCAUGUCGGAUGUUAGAGGAAGUUGUUUCAACGGACGCACGAGAAAAUGAAGUUACCAAAACUUGCAAAGUGCUCGAGUUUCCAAAACUGGAAUGUGUCAAUCUGGGAUCUUUGAGUAGCUUUAAGAGCUUCACAUCUCAAUCAAAUAGCGGUGUUUUUCGUGAAACAUUGUUCAAUCAGGUCAACUUUCCUAACAUGGAGUCAUUGUAUGUUCAUGGCUUGGAUUGUAUUGUAAAGCUACUAGGCAAGGAAAUGCCAAUAACAUCUCUGCAUAAACUAACAGACAUGCGGGUGCUGAGUUGUGCUAAAUUGCUGACCAUUGCAGAAUUUGAUUCAAUUCGGUCACUGCAAAAUCUUGGAGAUCUUGACGUGGAGUUAUGUAAAGCACUUGAAGUAUUGUUUGACUUUGAGGGUAUAAAGGUCACUUAUGAUGCAGAAAUUAAUAUGCUCGGUCGAUUAACAUCAUUGUGGCUGAGCUCACUACCAAAAUUGGUGCACAUUACAAGGAUGGUUCCAAAAGGAAUUCGUGUCUUUCAAAAUUUGACGAAUCUUACUGUUGAACGUUGUGAGAGCUUAAUAUACUUAUUCUCACCUUCAAUGGCCAAUUCUCUUGUGGCUCUGAUCAUUCUAGAGGUUUCAAAAUGUGGAUCAAUUGAAGAGAUUAUUGGAAAAGAAGAAGAAGAAGGCACUUCAGAGAUUAAAAUAGUUGAAGGAAUGAAAACCAUAAUUGUGUUCCCUAAUAUGAAACGUCUACAUCUCAAGAAUCUUUGGAGUAUUCAAAUGUUUUGCUCUCAGAACUAUGAACUUGCGUUCCCUUCAUUAGAGGACUUGACCAUUGAACAGUGCCCUGAGAUGAAAAAAUUGAGUCCACGGCCACCAAGUGCACCAAAGCUUAGUAAACAUACAAGAGAACGUUACGAAUAUUUUGAUAUUUCAGAUUUGUUGGAUGAGUCAGGUAUGAAGAAACUGGAAGAGCUGUACUUAGGAGAUUACAUUCCAAUAGGUGAAGACCAAAGAAAGCAUUCCAGCAACUUCUUUUCUUUAUCAAAAUCAAGUUCAACUCCUUCAAAGGCUCCCAAUCCAUUUUUCAAUUCACAAUGGCUGGCUGCAAGUGCCUCAACAGCAUUGCAAUCUGGGAUCCACAGAAUCACAAGGGAGGGCAACUGUGGGUUACUCAACGGAUGCAGCUGGAGAUUGGCUGCCAAAGUUACCUCAAUAGGUGUUGCCAAGAGCAAUUCUUUGAGGCUUUGA